UAAACACCUACACCGAGCAGAGCCGGAGCGAGCGGUGGCGUCCGCGGGACCGCGUAGACUCUCUUUAUUAAUUUACUAACAGUGAAUGGGGAAGAUUGUAUGAUAUUCCCGCCGCCGACUCCGGAGCCUUGCGGGUUCGAGUCCGGAAGACAAGCCACACUCUGGGUGUUUCAUUGUAAGGAGGACGCAGGCAGCUUAUCGGCGCUUGUCGACGAACAUGGCAGCGGCGACGGUCGUGGAGGCUGAUGCGGCGGAGAGCGAAGGCUGCGCCGGUUUCACCGGCGUCCAGCACCGGGGCUGGGAUGAGUCCCAGCUCCGAAAAUAUUCUUUCCCAACUAAGCCAAUUCCUAGACUGUCUCAUACGGACCCCAGAGCAGACAUACUAAUGAACAACGAGGAACCUGUUGUCUUAACAGACACAAACCUUGUGUAUCCAGCUCUGAAGUGGGACAUUGCAUACCUCCAGGAGAACAUUGGAAAUGGAGACUUCUCUGUAUACAUUGCAGAAAACCACAGAUUCCUCUACUACGAUGAGAAAAAAAUGGCCAAUUUUGAGAACUUUGUCCCAAAGUCACAGCGACUGGAAAUGAAAUUCUCUGAAUUUGUGGAUAAAAUGCGCAGGACGGAGGAAAUGGGAGGAGAGGAGAGGGUAUAUCUGCAACAGACCCUGAACGACACAGUAGGGAAGAAGAUUGUUCUCGAUUUCCUCGGUUUCAACUGGAACUGGAUCAACAAGCAGCAAGCCCAGAGGAACUGGGGACAGCUGACAUCCAACCUGCUGCUCAUAGGCAUGGAGGGCAAUGUGACACCGGCACAUUACGACGAGCAGCAGAACUUCUUUGCACAGAUCAAAGGCCAUAAGAGGUGCAUCCUCUUCCCUCCAGACCAGUUUGAAUGUCUCUAUCCGUACCCUGUGCAUCACCCCUGUGACAGACAGAGCCAAGUUGGUUUUGAUGACCCUGACUAUGAGAGGUUUCCCAAGUUUAAAAAUGUUGUUGGCUACGAGGCUGUUGUGGGCCCAGGAGAUGUCCUCUACAUCCCCAUGUACUGGUGGCAUCACAUUGAAUCACUGUUGAACGGCGGAGUGACGAUCACUGUAAACUUCUGGUACAAAGGUGCCCCCACACCCAAGAGGAUAGAAUACCCACUGCGAGCUCAUCAGAAGGUGGCUAUCAUGAGAAAUAUCGAGAAGAUGCUGGGAGAAGCACUUGGAGACCCACAUGAGGUUGGACCUUUACUGAAAACUAUGAUCAAGGGCCGAUAUGACCAGGAUCUCAGUUAGAGCCCCACCCUUAAAACUGUUAACUAGACUGCUUCUGAAACUGUACGCGUGUGAAAGUGAGACUGCUGCGUGUGUAAUGCACAUUCUGACUUCGGAGCUACGUAUCACUGCAUGGCAAAAAGCGGCCAUCUCGAAACCAUUCUGCUUCAGUCGUCACUGAGCGCCACGGUCAUUGCAAAUACAACAAUUACAGACAACAUGUGACACACGCAUGGGAAUUCGUCCUACUUGAAGAAGUGUUUGAAGAGGAUGCCUAAUUUGGCUCAUGUCUAGAUAUAUAUUUAUGUGAACCAGUCUCAACAGUCUGAUAAUUCAAGCCCGUGGUCGACAGUGGAAGUUGUUUUAGAUCAGUACCUUCAGAACAGCCUCAAUAUUUUGACCACUAAUGGAUGAGACAAGGGGAAUUAUAUUAUAUAUAUAUACAAUACACAUCAGUUAAAUUUCAUAUUUCAUUUCAUACCUACAUGUAAAAACACAGUUGUGGGUUUAUUACUAAAUGUAUGACCAUACUGCUUCUCCAUCUUUAUCACAAAGACAGCUUUAACUGAUUUGGUUCAUACCACUAAAGAUGACAGGUCUUCUAAGUGUUUUUGAAAUAUUAAUCCAUGUAAUCUGCAUUAUCUCUACGCCUACCUUCAUGGUUUUGGGGAGUGAUCAGCAAGAAUUUUCUGUUGCAAAGUAGACAGCAUAGGCUUGGUAGUAAAACACACAAGGACAGUGAUUAAAAAUGGUGAUGAAAUAUGAACCAAAGUAUGCGUGGGUGUGGAAAAAAGAGGCUCAUAUAUUGAGCUGCAGGAAUAUGUGACUGCUUGCAGCUAAAUUAUUUUAGCUGAGUGAUUGCUUUGUGUUUUAUUAAUGCUUUUGCUUGUUUGAUUUAUAUUUCAAGGACUUUAUUGGAUGUGCUGUUCUGUGUGCUGGUAAUAGGCGAGGUGGCACUGAAAAUAGAUUACAGCAACUUUAGUUUCAAAUACAGUUAACUUUAAGAUUUAAAAGAAUACAAUAAGUUACUGUUUUUGGGUAAACUUUGCAGAGUAAUUACAGAUGCUGGUUUCUUGGCAAUAUGUUGGUUAAAACUGUUAUGAACUGCUUCAGUGAUUUAUGUUAAUGUUAUUAAUGGACUUAAACUAGCAACAGUCUGCUGGGAUAUAACGUCUUCACUGUGUCAGCCAUUGCAGUCCAACAUAAUGUCCCAUCUAGUGGUCAGGUUUGCAGUUGCAUAUUAAGCUUGAUUUGUCAUUGCCUGGUCCAUGCACUAUACUGCUACAAUACAAAUAUUCAGUGUUGUAUUACAUGCAGCAGAUCAGAGCUAAAAUGAUGCUGCAGUGUGUACAAAAGUCCAAUUCCCAUUGAAAACUUGCUCUUGUGAUUACUUCAGGUUAACAAUUCUCACCAAUGCACUUAUUUUUAUUGACUUGCAGCCAUAUUCUGAAUAUGUGUUGGAACUCUGAAGUGCUCUCUUGAACUGUUGUAAAUAUAAAUAAACGGGGAGGGUAAUUUCAUUUGUUGUGCUCUAAGUGCCAAACCCACAUACAAACCAGUUCAUGGGUAUGCCUGUGACACUGGAUGAAUCAUUAACUGGUGAACUAUAAAUACGAAUACCCAAUUUAAUUAAAUGCUGGUCUCAUUAAGGUUCAACCUUUGGAUUGUUAUGUUGUGCAUAUCUGUUUCAUACAAAUGGCACUAUGAUGGAACAGGGCUGCUUCCUUCAUAAAAAGAAUUUACCUGACGAAGGACUGAUUCUCUUGCUAGGUUAAACCCGUUUACUGUAUGUGCCUUGUUUAACAAUGGCAUGGCACUAAAUGUUGCAAGAACUUGAUUUUUACAUGUUUAUUUUAUGGUCAGAAUGUUUGUUUUUACUCUGGCAUUAAACAGCUUUAAAUGUGGGACUGCCAAGGGUUGGUGGAAAUAGAGGCAUGUUUUCAUCGAUAAAGGCCUUUUUGUCUGGAACGUACAGUCUGUGCUCACCUUGUUCCUCUGAUUAAAGUUUGUUUGUGAAGUUCUACACUGCUGAGUGCUGAAUGAGUGCUGAAAAAUGUGAUGAAGAAAUAAAAGAUUUGAUGUUUUGAAUUAGUA